CUCGAAUCGCAGUCGUCUCUCUCUAGUCAGCAGCUUUCGUCUUGAAUCAGCAUGCUGAUGAUCCGAUUGCUGGGACGCAGCAGUAGUCGCGCGUCGUCCGCCGCCGCCGCCGCCAUCAUGAUGACGACCAAUAGCAUGCCUUGUGCUGGCGAUCUCGUGUCCCGUCCGCUGCCCAGUGCUGCGUUGCUGCGCGCUGCAGUCGCUCCAGUUGGACACUCUGGUCGCUCCGUCACCACUCUGGCCAGCCUCACUGCGAUGCCUGGCUCUGCACAAUACUAUGCUGCAUGCCCCUUGGCUGAGCCUGCCACGCACAACAGCACGCUGCUGCUGGUGCCGAGUGUGACAGAGCUUGAUCCGUCCGCCGUGUCGACGCUCCAGAUGGCUGCGGCUCCAGCUGGCGACAGCGCCGUCCUCGCUGCGGCUCGUGGCUUGUUCGAAGGCAUCCAUGACAUGACUGGAUUGCCGUGGUGGCUGUCGAUCGUCGCGUCGGCGUUCCUGCUGCGCACCGUGUUCACCUUGCCGCUGUCCGUCUAUGCCACAAAGGAGAGCGCGCGGAUGGUUCUUGCAGAGCCUCAACUGAAGGCCGAGAUCAAUGCCAAGCAGCACGAGGUUGCUGCCGAAUGUCGCAGGAAUAAUCUGACGUACGAGCAGUUCCAGAAGCGCGUGCAACCAGUGCUGCGUGAGACUCAAGAACGCUUCAUGACCAAAAUUGGGUAUAGCCCCAUGCGAUCCGUCGCGCUGGCUUGGGCACAAGCCCCGCUGUUUAUUGCCAUCACGUUGGCGCUUCGUGGCAUGUCGGGCUGGCCAAUCUCCCUUCGGCAGUACUUUUCCUUCCUGAUGCCGUCCGAGACCAGAAUCAAGCAAGACUUUUUGAAUGAACUGGUGGCGAACGGUGUUGCCAAAGACCUGCUUGAUGCAGAGCACAUUUAUUCGAUGGCAACGGUCGGAUCCCUUGACGCUGUGCCGGAAUUGCCAUUCGUCAGCCCGGGCUUGACCUCUGAGGGAAUAUUGAGUUUCACCGACCUCACCGCCCCCGACCAAUUCUAUCUUGUCCCCGUACUGAUCGGUGGCAUCAUGUUGUACAACACACAGCUGACCAUCUCAGCAAGCUCGAACAAGUCGCUCGCGUUUCGCAUUGGCUCGCAAAUCUGGCGUCUCUUGGCAAUUGCGAUGGGCUUUGCCGCAGCCGUCAGUCCUGCGAGCGUGGGCAUGUACUGGUUGGGCUCGGCCAUCUACUCGGCGUUGCAAAACAUUUCCUUCCGGAUACCUGCAGUGCGAAGAUUGCUCGGCAUUCCAGUGCUUCCAGUGACGGCCCAGAAUAGCAGACUACCCUUUCCCUUGCACAAGCUCGAUCUUGGCAACGGUGUAGCGUCUGAAAAUGUGUCGGCUGGCGCAACGGCUCUGUCUGCUGCAGAAAUCUUACUCCAAAAGAAACCCAGUACGAGCAUUUCAGCUUCCACGUUUGGCAAUCACAAGACGGGUGGCCAGAGUUGGUCGCCCCUUCGUGCCAAAAAGUGACGAGCAUCUUUGUGCUUCUGAUCCUUCUCCUUCAUGACAAAGACCAACCCCCCAACCAAGCCGAGUCAUGUCCUGAGCCUCUGAUUCUUUUCCACCGUUUCAUGAUUCCACGAUUUCCCGCAAUACAGAACAGUGAGCCAUUCUUGUGCUUUUUGUUUUCGCUUCC